UGCUCCAGACCUUGGCCUGCUGGCCUCUGUGAAAUCAAAGUCAGCGCCAAGUUGUGGCUGCCGCUUCUCAUUUCCCUCCAUUCCUUCCUUUUGUUACGUGUAAUGAAGACUAAAAUAAAACUACAGGAUCCUCAGUUAAGUUGGAAUUUCAGAUAUAUAUCAGUUUUAGUACAUGGGACGUAUCUGGCAUCCCGUAUUUUAUCUGACAAGCUCUAACAUUUCUUUUGAAAGAAUUUAAUCUCCUACGAAAAUCCCUGAAUGAGAGGCAAAAAUAAUUAAAAAAAAAAAAAAAGUAAGUUGCCUAGGCCUAGGGUGGAUGAGGACUCACGCCAGUCGGCCUUCUCCCAAACUUAGCCUUAAAAAAACUAAAAACUAAAGAAACGAACCCAAACCAAAGCUCCAGGAGCCUGCGCACUAGCGCGAGCUGGGCGCGCCGCCCGCCCGGGGCCGCGCCCUCGCCGGGGAGGGGCGGAGGUGCCGGAAACUCGGAGCCCGGCCGGGCUGCGACGUGUCCACCAGGCGGCAGGAGGCGCCGCCAUCUUAUCUGCAGGCAGAGAGAGGGGAGCGUCUGGGUGUCGGACGGCCCCACCUUGCCCCGCAGAGCGGGCGAAGGGCCGGUCCCGCGGCCUCGGCGCUGCGGUGACGUGGCGCCGUGCCUCAACUCUCUGGCAGACUCCAGCGGCACGUCGGAGUCGGCGGGCGGGGCACGGGCCGCUUCCUCUGCCCCGGAUGUAAGAUGGCGGCCGGGGCGGUCACGUGGCGGGGGCAGCGCGCGCGCCUCUUAAGUGAUCUCUAUGGUUCGCCUGGACGCACUGGAGCAGCGGAGCGCGAGGCGGGUCGUGUGUCUGCUCGCGCCGCCAUCGCCGCCCAACCCGGCUUCAGUUUCACGGUUUUUUUUGUGUGUUCUGCGUUCGCCUCCUGCAGAGCUGCACGGGAUCUCAUGGAGGGACGCCGGGAACGGGCGGCCUGGGCACUUCCCGGCUCUGUGCCUCGCGGUGCCGGGGCCCGCGGCCGCCCCUGCGGGACGUGCCCCGGGCUCGCCGGCGCAGAGAGCCGGGCGGGGGGCGGGACCGGGCACCUGGCCGGCCGCCCAGCCCCCACCCCGGGCGCGGGCGGCGCAGCCCCGAGACGCGGCCGUGGCCCCGAGCGGGCGACGCGUGGGGGCGCCGUUCGUCGCCUCUCGGGGGCCGUCCAGCCUCAGCUGGCGUCCAGGGCGCUCUCGCUGCCGAUCUUCUGGCCGGAGCGGCCCCGGGAAGCGCGCUCUCCUCGGGGCAGGGGAGCAGCGGUUCUGUCUGCGGGACCCUCCACCCCCUUCUCAGAGCGGCCGCUGACGUGGGAGCUGCCCCGGCCCCCACCCCGGCGCGCGGAGUUUGCGGGAAGCGCGGGGCGGGGCGGGGGCUCCGGACGCGGCGGGGAAGGGACGGCGGCGGCGGAGGACGAGGAGCGCCGGGGUCCCGCGCCGCCCGACACCAGGGCCCUGGCUGAGGUAGUAGUUUGUGCUGUUGGUCGGGCUGUGACAUUGCCCGCUGUGGAGAUAACUGCGCAAGCUACUGCCUUGCUAGUGCUGGUGAUGCUCAGCGCGCCGAGGACAAUGGCUGGGAAUCCCCUUUGUUUGCGGGGGCGCGGGGACAGCCCGCUUCCGCGGAAACCGUUAGUGUCGCGCCGUCCCGGAGCGAGCGGUCACGGGGACAGCCGGACGGCGACUCGCUGGGAGCGUGGGUUGGAGCUGAGCGUUGGAGCCGCUGGCUCGGGGAGAGCGGGGUGCUGUGACAUGCCGACGCAUAACUUAGCGCCCGAGUGACGGUCACGGCGCCCGCGGACUCGCCGCCGGGGCCGCGGUGGGAGCGCUCGGGCUGCCCGCCGUCCACCCGGACUCGCAGUUGCUCCUGGUGCUGUGGGUCUGGUUUUCGGAAGAGCUCGCUCGGUCAAGUCAGCGGUGCCUUUAACAGCGGGCGCCUACAACGACGUCGAGUUGUUUAAACUUCGCGACUCCUUCCAGGAGAAGAUAGUUAGGAUGUGUGGUUAAUUGCACUCUUCAGACUUAUUUUUUAAUGUAAGACGUGAAAAAUAAAUAAAUAAAAACUGCUGUGAGCGA